AUGGUCAGUGCAAGUGGAGCUCCAUCUAUGGUUGAGGUCAUCUCCCGGUUGGUCAGCGAAUACGCUUCCAAGACACCUCAAAAACUUAAACUUAUUGACGCCUAUCUUGGUUACAUUCUGUUCACUGGAAUAUUCCAGUUCAUCUACUGCUGUUUGGUGGGUACAUUCCCCUUUAACUCCUUCCUAUCAGGAUUUAUCAGCACUGUUGCCAGCUUUAUCUUGGGUGUGUGCUUACGAAUCCAGACCAAUCCUGCUAAUGUUGCUGUAUUCAAAGACAUUUCAGUUGAGAGAGCUUUUGCAGAUUUCGUAUUUGCUCACUGUGUGCUUCAUUUAGUUGUUCUUAACUUUAUUGGUUAA